GGGGGCCCCGGCACGCUGCUACCGCUCACAGGCUGCAACGUGAAUGGAAUCCUAAGAUAACCUGCCCGCUGCCGCAACUGCUGCUGGCUGCCACAUCUAGUGCCGAAUGCCAUGAAAGGGAGGAGACGGGGCUUACCGGCAGUAUCAGACAGUGCACCUGCCUCCUGACAGCCUACUGCCCGUCUCCUGCACAAACAGUCCUCGCCCCCCGGCCGCCGCGCUGCCGGUGCUCCUGCUCUUUGGUAACUCACUCGGGAGGCAGCAAGAGUAUGUGACACGAUCUGCCCAUUCAAGAAGGAAGAGCACACAGCAUCACACAGAGAAGAGGAGCUGUAAGAAGAAACAAGGAACCUGUGUAUUGGCCCAGCUCCCUCCAGCCAUAGUCAGCCCAGUAUAAAGUCUCCUCAGUGGUCAUACAAGGUCAGCAAGGCUACUGACACGACUGACAGACGUGCUCACUGCCAGCAGGAAGCAGAAUACAGGCACCUGGCAUACGCAAAACACCAGGGGACCUGCCGAACUUUGUGCACAGGUGGCCUCUUCCUGUGGCUGUAGACUCCCGCACCCUGACAUCACAGGCAGCACAUAAUGCAACAUUUCCUGUUACCACUGCAGCUUUCGAUACAUCUAUAGCCAAGAAAUGAAAGGUUAAAUUAGUCGUAAAUCCCAAAAAUUCUAAAAAGCAAAAGCUAUUUCUGCUUCAGGCUGCUGCUGUUCUUUCUCUAGACCUUACUAGUCCUAGUGGGUGAUGUCUGAGCAUCUCUAAAAGGUUCUAACAUUCGGCUAGUUACCAGAGAGACUCCUUUCACAAACAGCUAUGGAUGACUAUGACAUAAGGUCUGCUGCCAGUAUUCUGGCCUCUGUCAAAGAGCAAGAAGCACGCUUUGAGAGGCUGACUCGCGCUUUAGAAGAGGAACGUCGCAAUGUCUCACUCCAGCUUGAGCGAGCCAACGUGCCCUCGGAACGAAUGAGCAUGUGCAACAUUGGCAAUGGCCAACCCCUAGCCACUGCAUGGCAGCAGCUAGUCCUGCAGGAGCAAAGUCCCAGUAACCAGACGUCCAUUGCCAUGAUGCAGGAACCUCCAGAGAUGCUGGAAGAGACGGUCACUGUAGAAGAAGAUCCUGGAACUCCCACCUCCCAUGUGUCUAUUGUCACGUCAGAGGACGGAACCACAAGGAGGACAGAGACCAAGGUCACAAAGAUGGUAAAAACAGUCACUACAAGAACUGUACGUCAAGUGCCACUUGGUCCAGAUGGGAUGCCUGUGAUUGAUGCCUCCUCUCCUAUCAGUGGCUACACGGAUUCUAUUGACAGGCGAUACAUUAAGAAUGGGGAGCGUUUUAUUACCCCACAAGCUUCCUCAACGUUGACCAGAUCCUAUAACAACAGCUAUACCGACUCCUAUGGUGAGCCUCAUGACACUCCAUACCGGCCCUUCAUGGCACAUGAAGGUUAUGGAGAAAUACCGGACAACUAUGGAAGCCUGUCUCGUGGAAUUAAUUACCGCCCUCGAUAUGCAUACACUCCAGGCAAUAGUUACCGCCCUGAGGAUGGCAGUUACACCCUCCCAUCACGUAGGGAAAACUAUGUCCCCAUUGCGCAGCCACAAGUGCCAAUUGGCAGUAAUGUGGACCUGAACCGGUCCCAACCUGAGCGUUUCCAGCCAGAGCCAUAUGGCCUAGAGGAUGACAACCGCAGUCUUGGAGCAGAUGACGAAGGUUAUGAAUUAGAUCCGGAUUAUUCAACAAUGAAUAGAAGAGUCCUUCCUGGCAUGCCCUUGACAGGCAGACCGCACAAGACAAGGGCCUAUGAUGAUCCCCUAGAGUCAGAACUGAUUGAGGAGAGAAUCCCUUACCUCCACAGUGGUUAUGCAGCACCCCUAGCUCAGCCAGAGAGAGGAAGCCUGGCCAGCAUAGACCGUUUGGGAAAGCGCUCUCCUUCUAUUGACAGCAUCCGCAAAGACCCGCGGUGGAGAGAUCCCGACUUACCAGAGGUUAUUGCAAUGCUCAAUCAUCCAAUUGACCCAGUUAAAUCCAAUGCAGCUGCUUAUUUGCAGCACUUGUGUUAUGAAAACGAUAAAAUAAAGAAGGAGGUAAGGCAUCUCAAAGGCAUCCCUAUUCUUGUGGGUUUACUGGACCACCCUAAGCCUGAAGUCCAUCGUAAAGCCUGUGGAGCCCUCCGUAACAUCUCAUAUGGAAAAGAUAAUGAAAACAAAGUGUCCAUUAAAAUUUGUGAUGGUAUUCCUGCUUUAAUCCGACUGCUGAGGAAGACCAAUGACAUGGAAGUAAGGGAGCUCAUAACAGGCACUCUGUGGAACUUGUCCUCAUAUGAACCCUUAAAAAUGGUUAUCAUCAACCAUGGUCUCCAAACCCUUACUAAUGAGGUGAUCAUUCCUCACUCUGGUUGGGAGAAUGAACCCAACGAGGACUCCAAGCCCCGCGAUGCAGAGUGGACGACCGUGUUUAAGAACACGUCCGGCUGCUUGAGAAACGUCAGCUCAGAUGGUGCUGAAGCUCGCAGAAGGCUGAGGGAGUGUGAUGGUCUGGUGGAUGCUCUGCUGCAUGCUCUGCAGUCUGCAGUAAGCAAAAAGGAUACAGACAACAAGUCUGUGGAGAAUUGUGUAUGUAUCAUGCGUAACCUCUCCUACCACGUCCACAAGGAGGUGCCGGGAGCAGACCGGUUCCAUGACCUGGACAACAAUCUGCAAAGUGGGAUUGGAGGGCAGCAAAAGAAAAAGAAAGAUGAUGCUGGCUGCUUUGGAGGCAAAAAGGCUAAAGAGGAGUGGUUUAACCAAGGAAAGAAGAAUGGGGAUAUAGACAAGAACUUUGAUACCCUUGACUUGCCGAAACGAUCUGAAUCUGCAAAAGGUUUUGAACUGUUGUACCAGCCUGAAGUUGUGCGGCUGUAUCUAUCCAUCCUGACUGAGAGUCAGAACUACAACACAUUGGAGGCAGCUGCAGGAGCACUGCAGAAUCUGAGUGCUGGCAAUUGGACGUGGUCAACCUACAUCCGCGCUACAGUCCGCAAAGAGAGAGGCCUGCCAGUGCUUGUGGAGCUGCUUCAGUCCGACUCGGACAAAGUGGUUAGAGCUGUGGCCAUAGCUUUGAGGAACCUGUCUAUGGACAGAAGAAACAAAGACUUGAUUGGCAAUUACGCCAUGGGACAGCUUGUCCGAAACCUACCGGGAGGACAGCAACGUCCUGCUAAGAACUUGGAAGAAGACACUGUGGUUGCAGUACUGAACACCAUCCACGAAAUAGUCACAGACAGCUCUGAAAAUGCACGGUCCCUCAUCCAGACACAGGGAAUCGAAAAACUCAUCACUAUCAACAAAUCCAGCCAGUCCCCAAGAGAGGUGAAAGCUGCUUCCCAUGUCCUGCAGAUGAUUUGGAGCUACAAGGAGCUCCGGAAUGCCCUUCAGAAAGAAGGAUGGAACAAGGCAAACUUCCAGUCUGCCACAUCAACACUGCCAAAGGGAUCCAAAGGUAAUGGGAAGUCUGGAUUUGAUGACAGCACGCUCCCUCUGGUGGAUAAGAGCCAAGUAAACAAGAAAUCUGGAAGCCGGGACAUGAUCCCAAUGGGGGAGCUUGGUCCUGAUGGCUAUUCCACUAUUGAUCACAGGGACAAGGAACGCAAGUACAGAUCGAAUGAAAGCAUGGGAGAUAUGUCAGAAAAGGAGCCCUUGAAGAAUGACUCAAAUAAGAAACACAUUACCCGGAGUAACAGGCCUACUGUCAGUCUGGUGGAUGCACGCGACACUAAACCGCAGCCUGUAGACUCCUGGGUCUAAUUUUUGCAUGCAUGGGAUAAACUUGCAGUGAUUCUUUUUGGGAAGACUUUUUUUUAUGUUACUUUUUAAUUUUUAAACCAAGGAUGACAAAUUUGAAUAUACAUAGGAGGUAUCAUUGCCCACCACUGCCAUGCCGUUUUCACAGGAGGAACAUUCCGGGAAGGAACCGGAUGAAAACUGCAAUCUGCUGUGACUGAGAACCAAACUAUGUGAUCAUCGCCAAAAACCGCUGUUGCUUAAUUUUACUUCAGAACUGAUACUUUUUUAGUACAUAUGUAUAGUAUAUAUUCAUAAAGUAACAUUCCCUUUGAAACAUCUUGCGCUAUUUGGAGAAAAUCGCCUUUCUUAUGGAAAGCUGGGAUGGUGCGGAUAAUAGGACUAGCAGAUGAAACAGAGGGAAAUGUUUUUAUUGGACAACUUUCCUGCACGAAAAUACAAAAAAGCCACAAAACUCUUUUGAGAAGUUGGAUUAAAAAAAAGAUAAUAAUAACUGAGCACUUUUCCUUUUCUCCGAUUUUUCUGUUUGUCGCCUCAGCUUGAACUGUGAAGAAUACUAAUGAAGUCUUGUGGCCUGAGGUGCAUAUAAUUUUAUUUUCCUGCCACAAGGUAAUGGAAAUAACAUUAGGGUUGUGGCGUUCGCCAAGGUGGAACAAAGAGCAAGUAGCUGCAUGGGAUGAGGAAGUGGAGUGAAAUCGUAGAAAACGUCUUUGCUGUAGACCCCGCUGGUUUCGUCUUUUCAGAAAGGGUUGGAAUGUGAUCUGUGAGGCUUUAUGUGGCGGCAGUCGAGCUGUCUCCCCACGUCAUUUCUUCUGACGGACGGACAUUAUUCUGCCAACUACUCAUAUUCUUAGCAGGACUUUAUUAUUCCAAAUGUGCAUGUCAUAAACUGGAAUGCAGUUUGAGCUCAUACAUAUACAUAUUUCUGUGUGCAAAUUGUGUGUGAGAGUGUGUGUGUGUAUGUGUAUAUAUAUAUAUAUAUAUAUAUAUAUAUAUAUAUAUAUAUAUAUAUAUAUAUAUAUAAAUACGCACACAGGCAUAUACUUUGUCAGCAGACAGAGCUGGUCUAGCCAGAGCUUGCAGCUACAAUAUGUCUCUAUCUGGUUGCAUUUUGUGUGCAGUCUAUUCUGCUGUAUAAUAAUUUUGCCUUUUAACUUGUGCUCUCUCUUCACUUAAAAUGCAAAGAGAUCCCAAGGACUGACUUCCUGUCUCCUGGACUGUCUUGGAGUCUUUGCAAAAACCUCUCAUCUUGCGAUCACCUGAACCAUUUGAAGACAUUUUACCAUGAAAGCAUUGCUGCGAUUCUAAUCUUUUGAUUAAAAUAACAAAUCACAGUUA